UGUGAUCGACAAGGUAGCUUGCACUCAACAAUGGAUAUCUUGUAUGCCACUACGGUAUCUCUCUUUGUUGUUGUGGUCUCAUUCUCACUUCAUUUGGUGUUCUACAAGUCUAAGUCUGCUGUAAAAGGAAAACUCCCGCCUGGUAAAAAAGGGUGGCCCAUAAUCGGAGAAAGUUUAGAGUUCCUUGCAACCGGCUGGAAUGGCCACCCUGAAAAGUUCGUAUUCGACCGCAUGGCUAAGUUCUCACCUCAGGUCUUUAGGACCUCUCUCAUGCUAGAAGACGCUGCAGUGUUUUGUGGGUGUGCAGGUAACAAAUUCUUGUUCUCGAAUGAGAACAAACUUGUGAAGUCUUGGUGGCCAUCUUCGGUGAACAAAAUCUUCCCUUCUAACCAAAUAUCUAAAACAGAAGGCCUCAAGAUGAGAAAGUUGCUUCCUAACUUCUUCAAGCCUGAAGCCCUGCAACGAUAUGUUCCGGUUAUGGACUUAGUAACACAAAAACAUUUCAAAACUGGUUGGGAAGGCAAGGAGCAAAUAGUGACCUGUGAGCUCACCAAGAACCUAACUUUCUGGCUUGCGUGUAAGAUAUUUCUUAGUGUUGACGAACCCGAAAAGGUCCGGUACUUAUCGGGCCCAUUGGAAAGUAUUUCCCGUGGGAUUCUCUCAAUUCCCAUAGACCUGCCUGGAACACCUUUAAGGAAAGGAAUUAAUGCGGCCAACUUUAUUAGAAAAGAAAUCAUUUCAAUAAUAAAGCAAAGAAAGAUUGAUUUAGCCGAGAAGAGAGCCUCACCUACACAAGACAUAUUGUCAUACAUGCUUUUGUUUACCAACGAAGAUGGGGUAAAAAUGACAGAAACCAACAUUGCGGACAAGAUACUGAGCUUGUUGAUUGGCGGCCAUGACACUGGAAGCUCGGUAUGUGCAUUCGUUGUCAAGUUUCUUGCCGAGUUGCCCGAGGUUUACCAGGGAGUCUACAAAGAACAAAUGGAAAUAGCAAAAUCUAAAGGAUCAGAAGAACUCUUGAAUUGGAACGAUAUUUCAAAGAUGAAAUACUCAUGGAAUGUGGCAUGUGAAGCUCUUAGAUUAGCUCCACCUCUCCAAGGUACUUUCAGAGAAGCCAUUACUGAUUUCGUAUACAAUGGUUACUCUAUUCCGAAGGGCUGGAAGUUGUACUGGAGUUCCUUCUCAACUCACAAAAAUCCUGAAUACUUUCAUGAACCGCAAAAGUUUGAUCCAUCAAGAUUUGAUGGCAAAGGACCAGCACCUUAUACGUUCGUACCAUUUGGAGGAGGACCUCGUAUGUGCCCUGGAAAAGAGUUUGCUCGGUUAGAAAUACUGGUGUUCAUGCAUCAUUUGGUUAGAAAAUUCAAAUGGGAGAAACUAAUUCCAGAUGAGCAAAUUGUUGUGAACCCGUUGCCUAUCCCCGCCAUGGGACUUCCAAUCCGCCUUUAUCCUAUUAAAGCGAAAAGUUGAUAUCUCACCAUACAUCAAACAAUAUUGCUACCCCUUCAGGAAUGUAUACUAGAGAUGUGUGUAUCUAUGUAUGUGUCACCUCCGUUAUUCUUGUGCAAUCAGUUUGUUCCUCAGUUUGCUAUUUUGGUUUGUAAUUGUCGCGAAUGAGGAGUGGGGAUGUUA